UGCGCAGCAGCAGUGCAGCGAAGAUGGCGGCGGGAAGCUCGGUACCCAGCGAUCUCUACCAACAUGUGUACACGUUUCUUUUAGAGAACAAGUUCACUAAAGCCGCCAAGGAGUUUUUAAAGCAGGCAAAAGUCAAACCUCAGGACCAAAAUGAAGAAGGACUCCUUGAUGUUUUUAGUUUUUGGGUUAAUUCUCGAGGAGCAACGAAACGCAAAGCGGUCACCAAAGGUCCUGAGGUUAACGGGCCGUGUGCGAAGAAGGCAAAGCAGGACGCCGAGAGUUCCAGUGAAGAAGACUCGAGCAGUGACGAAGAGGAUGCAGCACCUGUACAGAAAACACCUCAAGCUUCAGCGCCAGUGAAGAAGGUAACACCUGCUGCAACACUGGCAAAGAAGGCAGCUGAGUCGAGCAGCAGUGAUGACUCCAGCAGUGACUCUGACGAUGAAGCCACCACCAAAGCCCCAGUAAAGGCAUCUCAGAAGGUCACGCCUGCGAAGCCUGCAGCUCCGUCCCCUGCAGCGCCAGCCAGGAAAAAGGACACCAGCUCCAGCAGUGAGGACUCUGACUCGGAGGACGAAUCGGCCAAACCUGCGGCCGCUAAAGGGGCCAAGCCCACGACUGUGACCCCUAAAGCCCCGGCUCAGAAGAAGCAAGAGAGCAGCAGCAGUGAGGAAAGCUCAAGUGACUCUGAAGACGAGGCUCCAGCGAAGGGAGCAGUAAAAGCCCCUACACCAGCAAAGGCUCCUGCUCCGGCGAAAGCAAGCAGCAGCAGUGAUGACUCCUCGGAUGAGGAAGAGAAGGCUCCGCCCAGUAAAAAGCCCAAAGCAGGUACGUAUAGUGCGGUACCUCCACCUGCAGCUCAGAGCGCCCCAGCUAAAGCGGCUAAACAGGACACAUCAGACAGCAGUGAGGACAGCAGUGAUGAGAAAGAAAAGAAAGCCCCUGCCCCUAAAAAGGCCGUGGCUCCCAAACCUGCAGCCAAGAAGAAGAAGGAGUCGUCGUCUAGUUCUGACAGCUCUGAUUCAAGCUCGGAGGAUGAAGCAGAGAAGAAACCUGCCAAAGCUACUCCAGCCAAAGCAGCUCCCGCUAAGGCCCCAGCAGGUGCCGCCAAGACUGCGGUAGCUCCUGCUAAGAAGGCAGACUCCUCAUCCUCAUCUAGCUCGGAGGAGGAUGAAGAGGAGGAGACGGCGACAAAGAAACCUUCUAAAGCAACACCAGGAAAAGCUGUCCCAGCUGCUAAGGCCACUCCUGCCAAGCAGGAUUCUUCCUCAUCGUCUAGCUCCGAGGAUUCAGAUGAUGAAGCAGAGAAAGCAAAAACUCCCGCAGCUAAAGCCACCCCUGCUAAAGCCACCCCUGGUAAAGCCACCCCUGCUAAAGCCACCCCUGCUAAAGCCACCCCUAAGGAUGCAAAGGAGUCAUCCUCUUCCAGUUCUUCAGAAUCGGAUGAUGAGGAAGCAAAACCAGCAGCUAAAGCCGUCCCAGUUAAGACUCCUCCAGUCAAGGCUGCACCUGCGAAGAAGGCAGAAUCCUCAAGCUCAGAUUCUGAUAGCUCAGAAGACGAGGCUGCCAAACCUGCAACCCAAACACCGAAAACUACACCCAAAUCUGCAACCCAAACACCGAAAACUACACCCAAACCAGCGGCCAAAUCACAAACUCCAGUUACCACCAAGACGCCAUCCAAGCCUGCAGAGAGCAGCUCGGACUCGGACAGCUCUUCUGACGAAGACGAGCCUCCUAAAAAAGCUGCUGCUGCGUCUCCCGCCGUUAAACAGCCGACCCCGGCCGCUAAACCAGCACUGACCAAAUCUCAACCAGCCGCAAGCAGCUCCGACUCGGACAGUGACAGCUCCGACUCAGAAGAUGAGACCCCAGCAGCUAAAAAGUCUAAGCCUGCAUCGUCCACACCGGGCGCCACACCUGCUGCUAAAGCUGCCACACCCACAGUGUCUAAAGCCACACCCACAGUGUCUAAAGCCACACCCACAGUGUCUAAACCCGCAGCCGAGUCUAGCAGCAGCAGCUCCGAGAGCUCCAGCGACGAGGAUGAGAAGACUAAAAAGAAACCCGUUGCGGCCGCUAAGCCUGCUGCGACUCCAACAAGCACGAAAAAGGCAGAGAGCAGCUCGGACUCGUCAGACAGCUCGGACUCGGAGGCCGAAGCUCCCAAAACCACACCGGCCAAACCUUCCGUGACCAACGGGAAAGCGGCAACUCCCAAAACUCCGGCCUCUGCAGUGAAGACGCCUGCCUCGAAGGCCGCUGAUUCGUCGUCUUCAAGUGAGGACAGUUCUGAUGAUGAGGAGACGACAAAGGCACCUGUUAAAACCACACCUGCUGCAAAAACCACACCUGCUGCUAAAGCAAAGCCGAAGCCUGAGAGCAGCUCAUCUGAGAGCUCUUCAUCUGAGGAGGAGGAGGAGGUGAAGACUCCCAAGACUGCCGCUGCUACUCCAGCGAAUGGUACAGGCGGCAAAAGAAAAAGGACUGAGGAAGACGAAGAGGAUGAAGAAGCUUCAAAGAAAACACCAAAAAACAAGAAGCCGGUUAACGUCACGCCUCAUUCUUUCCCCAAGGCCAAUCAGAAGAAUGGCAAUAAUCCUUUCCGUAGAAUAAGAGAAGAGGACGUUGAGGUAGACCCACGUCUGGCAGACAAUUCCUUCACAGCCAAGAUGGGAGCGAGUGGUGAUUGGGGGGAGAAGGCCAACGAAGUGCUGAAAUACACCAAAGGCAAAUCCUUCAGACACGAAAAGACGAAAAAGAAGCGCGGCAGCUACAGGGGAGGCGCCAUCUCUACCACCAUUAACUCCAUCAAAUUUGACAGUGACUAAGAGGCGGAGCCACAAGCCUCCCGCUUCCUUUAUAUACCUGGACUAAUUCUCUUCUCCGACAUUGCGGUGUCAUCUAAUAGGAUCUGGCCCCCCAGACUUACUGCAGUGUGUUAGUGCUGUACUCGGGUCAUUAUUAAUAAUGAGACAGUAGAGCCUUGAGCAGAGAUACAGACAUGUCAGUUGCAGUUUCCUUUCCCAGCCACUAGGUGGAGACCUCGUUUUGAUCAUAUGUCUUCUAUAUCAUACUUUUUAUUUGUACGACUUUUCUUGCGUCAGAGCCCGAGUCUCAUGAGUUUUUUUGGAGUUGUUUUUUUUAUUGUGCUAAUGAAGCGGUUAUAUUCUCUCUUGUGGACAUUAAACAAAUAAAUGAUUUCUUUUACCUCUCUGUUAGAACCCGAUAUUUGGUGUUGGAUGAUGUGAGGAUUGCUGAGUCAAGCUUAUCGACUCAAUUCUAUAUUAAUUAUCAAUCUGGAUUAUCUCGAGUGUGGUGCUUGUGUCUCAUAUGAAGCCUUGAUGAACAGCACUCGCAUUGUUCCUACUGUUGCAAUUUCAGUUUUUUUGACUCUUAUUUAACGGCUGUAACAGUUAUCUGGUUUUGUCUCAUUUGUUGAUGUACUCAUGAGUUUGUAAUUAAAACCUGACCGAAUCUUAA